GGUAGUGACCGAUGGGCUUCGCCCAUGCCUGGCUCCGUUCUCCUGGGAGCGGCUGCGGUGUUAGCUUCGUUAUUAAUCCUUUUGUUAUUCAGAUGGUACUGCGGUAGCUCAAUCACGGCAAAAGGGAGGCUGCCGCCGGGGUCUAGGGGUCUCCCCGUCCUCGGGGAGACCCUCCAGUUCUUCGCCGGGAGCCCAUCUCUGGAGCUGCACCCGUUCUUCAAGCGACGCCUUGAAAGGUACGGCCCGAUUUUCAGGACGAAUUUGAUCGGUGUAGACCUCAUCGUCUCCCUCGACGCGGAGCUGAACAACCUGGUGUUCCAGCAAGACGAGAGGCUCUUCGAGAACUGGUGGCCGGAGUCGGUGAUGAGGAUCUUCGGCGCCGAGAGCAUCAUCCCAUCCAUGGGGUCCUUCCACAAGCACGCCAAGAACCUCAUCCUUCGGAUCUUCGGCCCCGAGAACCUCAGGCUGGUCCUGCUCCAGGACGUGCAGAGGACGGCUCAGGCGAGCCUGCUCUCGUGGCUUGACCUGCCAAGCGUCGAGCUCAAGGAGGCGACCUCCAGUAUGAUAUUCAGCGUGACGGCCAAGAGACUCAUCAGCUACGACUCCUCAAGCUCAGACGGGAAGCUGUGGAAACAGUUCGACGCGUUCAUUCGGGGGCUCCUAGCGUUUCCACUUUACAUUCCUGGGACAGCCUUCUACCAGUGUAUGCAGGGGCGAAAGGAAGUCAUGAAGAUACUGCGUAAACUUUUCGAUGAAAGGAAAAAGGCGCCUUCUCGACGGGAAAAAGUUGAUUUUAUUGAUCUCUUGAUCGACACUAUCAAGGAGGACAAGCUUGCAAUGAGCGACAAUUUUGCACUGAAUUUGAUCUUCCUACUGCUCUUCGCUGGCUUCGAGACAACGUCGUCCGGGAUAACUGCUGUAAUCAAGUUUCUGACGGACAAUCCCAAGGCCUUGCAAGAACUAACGGACGAACAUGAGAACAUUCGGAAAAGCAGGGCAAGUCCUGAUGCUGAAAUCACAUGGGCGGAAUACAAAUCCAUGAAAUUUACAUCUUGUGUCAUACAUGAGUCAUUAAGACUGGCUAAUAUAGCUCCGUUAUUAUUUAAGAAAGCAAGAGAGGAUGUUCACAUAAAAGCUUACACUAUCCCAAAAGGAUCAAAGGUCAUGGUCUGUCCUUCCAUUGUUCACCUUAAUCCUACUAUUUAUGAGGAUCCCAAUAUAUUCAAUCCUUGGAGGUGGAAGGAAAUCGCCGAGCCACUUGGUGGAGCCUCCAAAGACUUCAUGGCCUUCGGAGGAGGUUUGCGAUUAUGUGUUGGUGCUGAGUUUGCUAAGUUGCAAAUGACUAUGUUCCUCCAUUCCUUAGUUACUAAAUACAGGUGCAACUAUGAAACAAAAUGCUCUUUGUCUUCCAUGUUAAGUGCUCAUUGUUUAUUCUUGCAGUAUGUGAUAAUUAACUUCAUCCCAGACAAAAUUUAACUUAUUUGAAAAGGUUUUCUCUAUAAGCACCCAAAUAAGAAAUCAAUGGCCAAUAUUGCUUUUCAAGAAUUUCACAAGUCAUAGGUUUUAACAUUUAUGAUCAAAAUGUUUUGAAAAAAUUCAUGCAUAUCACCAUAAAAUAGUGUUUGUUUUCUGAAUGAGAAAUACUUGCGAUGUGUACAACUAUGAAGCUCUACACCAUGAUCGCAAAUAAGGUGCCAUGAAGGUAGGAGUUACAAAAUGGAACAAAUUAUGGCCUGAACCGGAAAUUGCUUUUGGUGGCCAAGCUCCAUGGAGGCCUCCAAAUGUAAAAUUCAAAAUUCAUAUAUUUUUACAUUUCAAAAGCUUCUAAAAAAAUACAGAGAUAGAUGAAGGCAUGGUGCACAAGUGUGUAAAUUUUCAAGAUGAAAUACGUUGAAAUGAGGGUUCUGAAAAAAACACAAAUCUGGGGCUUUGUAACACAUGAUACUAUUCAUCCUCCCAAACCAUGAACUUGUCUCUGGCCUGAACACCAUAUAUUUUGGUAUGUCUUUAUUUUCCACAUAGCAACUAAUGAGUUUUGGAAACUGCUUACAUACAUAAUGUGAUUUAUUCGUCUUUAGAUAAAUCAUACAAUACUAGCCUUGACAUCGACAAUAAGCAUAAAAAGUUUAGUUUUAUAAACUGUAAACACAAGUCAAGCUGUACAACAAACUAUGUGAAUGGUUAAAAUGCAAACUUUUCUGUGUCAUACAACAUAUUGUAGACUAUAAACCAUGUUGGUACAAAACAUGGAAAACAUAACGCAUCUGGAUUUAUCCCCUGUAAGACUAAAAUAGACCGGAAAACCAAUUUUACCUUCUUACAGAGAAUACAUAUACAAUUAUAUUUCUAAUUUUAGGUGACUAGGCUAAACAAUCCAUACAAAUAUUUAU